CUUCUCCCACACCUUAAUCAGCUGUUUAAUUCCGCGGUAGUGUUUGGAAUUCCUAUCAACAGGUGGUUGGUUUCUCGCCUUUUUAUCGGUUAUUUUCCUCUGGAUCUUGUCAAAACAUUCGGAUGUGCCUUGUGCUAACUGCACCCUCCAAAGGACGUGCAAGGGCAUCCAGCUGACAUCAAAUCUCGCACCACCGCCACUCACCCUCGAAGUUCCUUGCAAGGCACGACCGGUUUCUAAGCCCCGCCUGAUCUUCCGAUAAGCAAAAGACCAUGCCAGAGACGGUAUUCGCCGUGAUUACAGUCAGUGAUUCGUGCUUCAACAAAACCGCCGAAGACACCAGCGGACCAUGCCUCAUUCAAUUGAUCGAGGAGGCGUUCCAGACCUCCUCCAUCCUCGGGAAAAUCGUUCCCGACGAGAAAUCGGUGAUUGCUAUGGCUCUUUGUGAAUAUGCGGACCAGCACCGGGUGCAGGUGAUUUUUACGACCGGCGGGACGGGGUUCGCUCCACGCGACGUAACGCCGGAGGCUACCAAGUCGGUGAUUGACCGGGAAUGUCCUCAACUUGCGCUUGCCAUGGCCUUGGAGAGCUUCAAGAAGACUCCAUUCGCAGCGUUGUCUCGUGCCGUGUGUGGUAUCCGCGAAAAAACGUUGAUCGUCAAUUUCCCGGGGAGCGUGAAGGCGGUUCGAGAGUGUUUCGAGUCGAUUAAGAUGGUGCUUCCCCACGCAAUCCAACUCAUCCGCGAUGAAGUGAAACUUGUUCGGAAAACUCAUGAUACUGUCCAGCAACCCGUCGAGACCAUUUAUCGCCACGUUUGUCCCAAUAAGACCAACUCCGGCGAAAUUUCCGAUCGAAAUUCUCCUUUUCCGAUGAUUUGUGUGUCGGACGCUGUCCAAAUUGUUCUGCAAAAAGUGGCCGCCUUCGGAGGUGCAAGUUUCAGAGAGUUCUUGCGAAAUUUUGAGGCUCCAGUGGAUAUUCCGCCGUUUCGCGCCUCACUUAAGGACGGCUACGCCUUGAGAUCUUCAGGGUUCGCUGGGGUUAAGACGGUCGUCGGGUGCAUUUCUGCAGGAGACAAGGCUAACAGCUAUGAGCUGAGCGACGAUGAGUGCUUCAAAAUCAAUACCGGCGCUGCCUUGCCAACGGACGCAGAUUGUGUGGUUCAAAUCGAAGAUACCAAAUUGCUGGAGAAAAAAGCGGACGGAAGGGAGUAUCUUGUGGAGAUAUUGGUUGAACCGAAGCCUCUUCAAGAUGUAAGGCCAAUUGGAUGUGACCUCAAACGAGGUAGCCCUCUAUUUCCAAAUAUUGAUGUCUCCGACGUGGCCAUCCGAUCUCUAAUGGCAUCCGUGGGACACGAAUAUGACAUCAAAAAACCAAAAAUCGGUAUCAUAUCAACUGGGAGCGAAUUGGUUCGUCCCACUGAGGCGUACUCACCCGGGAAAGUAUUUGACUCCAAUACAACAAUGCUGGAAGAGUUAUUAAAAAAUUUUGGAUUCAAAUGCCAUGUCAAGGCCGUGGUGGAUGAUAAUUUCGACAAUGUCCGAAAGAUUGUUGAGAACAUGUUUAACGAAGUCGACUUCGUUAUAUGUUCGGGCGGAGUAUCAAUGGGCGAUAAAGACUAUAUCAAGCCCGUUUUGACGGAUCUAGGGUUUAAGUUACAUUUCGGACGAGUCAAUAUGAAACCAGGAAAACCGAUGACUUUUGCAUCCAAUCGUAUGAAAUACUUCUUCGGUCUGCCUGGGAAUCCAGUCUCAGCUUUUGUUUGUUUCCACAUUUUCACGCUUCCCGCCAUACGAUACGCCUCCGGCCAUGAUAUUAAUAAAAGCAAAUUGGCAGUUAUUAAAGUUAAGCUUGACAGUGAAAAAAUUGAAUUGGAUCCUCGUCCAGAAUAUGUACGAGCAACCAUAACUUCACGAAAAGGGGAACUACUUGCUACUGUAACUGGAAAUCAGAUGAGUAGUCGUUUGCAAAGCAUCCUUGGGGCAGAUGUCCUGCUUCAUUUGCCUGGAUGGACUCCAGAAAAGCAGGUGCUUACAGCCGGGGAACUUCUUGAUGCUUCCGUACUGAGAUGUGACUUCAUAUCACACUUUGAAUCUUAAGCAAUGUCCUAGAAGGAUAUGUUUCUACUUAGUUAAUACGUACUUAGGGUUAGUCCAUUGAUUAGGUUUAGAAGUAGAACUACAAGUUUUAUAGAUCAAAGCGUUACUUAUUAUAUAAGAAUACAAAAAUAUUUUUGGAUCUGACGUGUUGGUUUUCGAAUAUAGUUAUAGAUGA